GGCGCAGGGCCAGGGAAUGCCGGCGCAGGGCCAGGGAGUGCCGGCGCAGGGCCAGGGAAUGUCGGCGCAGGGCCAGGGAAUGUCGGUGCAGGGUCGGCGAACGUCGGCGUUGUGCGUGGCUGCCAGGUCGACUGCAUUCUGGAUGCGCGUGGCCGCGCAGCCAACGGUGCGGCGGCAGCAGGGGGCGCGGUGCGGCGGUUCCGCGUGCUGCUGGACGCGCACCAGUACGCGGCCGACGCUGCCGCCGGCCAUGCGGCCGUGUACGCCGAUGGGCGGCUGACUGCGGUGGUGCGGCGGCGUGCGCAGGAUGGUGGCGUGGGCGCGGCGGCGGCAGCUGUGCGCGACAUGAUGAUGCGGCCGCCGGAGCUGCCCGCGUGGCUGGCGCCAACGGUGCUCGGCUACGGCGACCCGGCAGCGGCCGCUGCAAUGAACACGAAGGGUGCAGCGACGGUGUUCUUCGGCGACACUUUUGUGUCCGAGGAGCACCUGCGCCAGGCGCUCGGCCGGCGAUACCCACGCAUCGAGGUUGUUGGGCGCUUUGGUGCGCCGUGCGAGGUUGACUUCCCGGAGACCCCCGAUGGCGCUGUGCGCGUGCGCAGCCGAGCCACGGAGCCGCUGCUGCUCGGCUCGGGCCGCAACCCGAUUGCGUUCACGGCUGCGCAGGUCGAGGCGAUCCAGUCGGCGGCGCAGCCUGGGCUGACGCUGGUUGUGGGCCCGCCCGGCACAGGGAAGACUGACGUUGCCGUCCAGGCCGUCGCCAACCUGUACCAUGCGCACCCUCGGGAGACCAUCCUUUUGCUGACGCACUCCAACCAGGCGCUCAACCAGCUGUUCGCCAAGAUCGUUGGCCUCGACAUCGAGCCGCGCCACCUGCUAAGGCUCGGCCACGGCGAGGAGGCGCUGGCUGCCGACGAGAGCUUUUCGAAGGCCGGCCGCGUCGAGUCGUUCCUUGAGCGCCGCCAGGAGCUGCUGGGGCUGGUGGCGCAGCUGGCGGCGGAUAUGGGAGCCGGCGGCGGCGACUUCGGGUACACGUGCGAGACUGCGCGCAUGUUCUUUGUCACGCAUGUGCGCGUGCGCUGGGAGAGCUUCCGCCGCAAGUAUUUGCCCACAGGCAAUGCGCAGGACAUUGCGGACGCGUUCCCGUUUGCGGCGUUCUGCGGCCGGCUGCUCGGCCAGCCGCUGUUCGCCCACGCGGGUGCACUGGCCGCCGACGGCGCCGCCAGGGCCGCCGAGGCCGGCUUUGGGCGCAUCCAGCGGAUCUUCGAUGAGCUGCGGGAUAUUCAGCCAUUUGAGCUGCUGAGCACGCCGCAGCAGCGCACCGACUACCUGCUGACCAACCAGGCGCGGAUCAUCGCCAUGACCUGCACCCACGCGGCGCUGCGCCGCACGACGCUGGCUUCGCUGCGCAUCCGCAUUGACACCGUGGUGAUGGAGGAGGCUGCGCAAGUGCUGGACAUCGAGACCCUCAUUCCGCUGACGCUCUCCAGAAACCUGCGCCGGCUGAUCAUGAUCGGCGACCAUAAUCAGCUGCCCCCUGUGGUGCGCAGCCGAGGCCUGGCGCUGUAUGCGAAUAUGGAGCAGAGCCUCUUCACCCGCCUGGUGCGGCUUGGGGUUCCGUAUGUGGAGCUCGAUCGCCAGGCGCGCUGUCGUCCGGAAAUCGCCUCCCUGUACCGCUUCCGCUACCGCGACCUAAAGGACCUCGCGCCGCAGACUUCCGAGGGUGCCUUUGCCCGGCCUAACCUGGGGUUCACCAAUGCGUUCCAGUUCAUCGACACGCCGGAUUUCCGCAACCAGGGCGAAACCCAGCCCACCGCGCAUUACUUCCAGAACCUGGGUGAAGCCGAAUACUGCGUCCUCGCAUUCCAAUACAUGCGUCUUUUGGGAUACCCCCUCAGUUCCAUUGCGAUCCUGACAACGUACCAGGGCCAACGAGCACUGAUCCGGGACGUUUUGCAGAGACGCUGUGCUUGGUUGCCGUAUUUUGGCUCGCCGCGGGUGUGUACGGUGGAUCAGUUCCAGGGCGAACAGGCUGAUUUUGUGCUGCUGUCGUUGGUGCGGACUAGGUCGAUUGGGUACUUGAGAGAUCUGAGGAGAAUGACCGUGGCGUUGUCGAGGGCGAGACUUGGGCUAUAUGUGUUUGGGAGAAGGAGUGUUUUGGACUCGUGUUUUGAGAUGAAGCGGAUUGUACAGGGUUUGGUCAGGAAUGGAGAGAAGCUAAGGCUGAGGGUGGGGGAGCACCGGGAGCAGCAGCGGUGUGGAGAGGAGCAGCGGGAGUCGGUGGAUGGUCGUGGGAAGGAAGUUGUCGUUGAGGGAGUGGAACAUAUGGCCAAGAUCGUUUAUGAGAUGAUUGAGAGACAUGUUGAGAACGAGUCCCAGGACGAUGACAAUGUCAAUGUCGAUGACAACGUUAAUGCCAUUGAGGAUGACGAGGAUGUGGACGAGGAUGCGAAAAUGGCUUCGGACGAUGCCAAUGUCAAUGUCGAUGACAACGUCAAUACCAUUGAGGAUGAAGAGGAUGCGGAAAUGGCUUUGGACGAUAAUAAUGCCAUACCAAUUAAUUUAAAUUUUUCAUGUCUUUUUGUACUUUAUCCAUGCUUCUCUUUUUGUUUGAGCUCCUCAAUACAAAGACAAUUUAUUUGAUAGCAC